UAAAUCAUUUUCCCAGCCGCCGGCACUAACAAAAUGCCCUUUUAAUUCUCUCUCCUCCUGUCUGCCCUCUUUCAACCACUAGAAAAAAAAAAGAAAAAAGAAAAAGAAAAAAUCGAAGAAGAUCUUCCUCGCAAUGCUCCUCCGGAUCGCCUCCAGGAAUUGGAGGGGUGUUGGUGUUAAUGGGCUGCUGCAGGGGGAGGCCAAGUUUUUCUCCACCAACUCGAACACAUUGGGAAGGUUAGCUGGAAAAGUCGCGGUGAUCACUGGCGCAGCCAGCGGGAUCGGCAAAGCAACCGCCGCAGAAUUCAUAGAAAACGGCGCGAAAGUGAUCCUCGCGGACGUGCAACACCGCCUCCUCGAGUCAGCGGCGGUCGAGCUCGGCCCCGACGCCACUCCCGUCCACUGCGACGUCAGGUAUGAGCCGCAGGUUGCGGCCGCCAUCGACCUCGCUAUUUCGCGUCACGGCCGGCUCGACAUCGUCUACAACAAUGCCGGGGUCGCCGGAUCCCUCACCCCCUCUAUUGUGAAUCUUGAGCUCGACGACUUCGACCAGACGAUGGCGGUCAAUGUCCGGUCGAUGGUGGCAGGGAUCAAGCACGCUGCGCGUGUGAUGAUCCCUCGGGGAACCGCUGGGUGCAUACUAUGCACCGCCAGCGUAACAGGCAUCCUCGGCGGCCUUGCGCCGCAUGACUACUCGGUCUCAAAGUCUGCUGUGAUCGGCCUGGUGCGAUCGGCAGCGGCGGAGCUGGGGAGGCACGGGAUCCGGGUGAACUGCAUAUCGCCGCACGCGAUUCCGACGGCGCUGGGCAUCGGCGCGAUGAGGAAGAUAUUUCCGGGGAUUGGAGACGAGCGGCUGGCGGAGAUGACGGACAGCACCGGAGAGCUGGCGGGGGCGAGAUGCGAGGCUGCCGACAUCGCGAAGGCUGCCGUCUACUUGGCCUCCGACGAGGCCAAGUAUGUGAGCGGGCACAAUCUGGUGGUGGAUGGAGGUUCCACUGUGUUUAAGAGGCUGGACCUGCACCCUUGAUAGAUCCAGUUCACUGUUCAAGUUGCUUUAUUAAAGAUCAAAAUCGCUUUUCAAUUGUUUGGAGCAUAUUAUAUUAUGAAAAAAAUAAUACUUUUAGCCAUCA